AACGCUCAAGACUAUCAAUGAAAGUCGCUUUUCACUGUGUUUCGCUUUCGGAAAUGGUCAACAAUACCGUGGACCAAGAUUAUUAUUGAGAAGUCACGGUAGACACAGAGGAAGAUUUUAACGUAACUUUAUUUCACUUGUUCUAUUUAACGUUUUUAUCCGACACUAAAAUAAUGUUUAAAACGUGUUUAAUGAUAAAAAGACUUCACUCUCCUGUCAAAACAGAACGAAAAGUUAUUUCGUAUAAUGAACGAAAACUGAAUUGCAAAAAGCUACAUAACUGGAAAAAAGCGAAACAAAAACAUGACGAUAGUUGAACAAGAGUACAGAGAAGAGGAGAGAAGUUGUGGAUGCCUCAGCGCACGGAAGAAGAAUGGCUGGUUUGAGAGUGCCGGCCGCUGACUGGAAGAGACAGAGGGAGAGAGCAAGUGAGAUGGAGGCGGGGGAAGUUCCCAUCUCUGCGGGGACUGGAGUGUCUCUGCCCUGGACCAGCGGCGCAGUGCUGGCUAACAUUCAACCCAACCCUACCACAACGAGCUCGACACGCGCACUGACACAGCCUUUGAAGACCGUAGUGCCGCCAUACCGCUGCUGAACCCCUGCCCCACAGCUCACGGAGUCGGGUUCCAUUGCACAAUUUAAAAAAAAAAAAGAUAAGAAGGUGCAGAGAAUGAAUGGAGAAAUGGAAACCUCUGCUAAAGAUCAAGCCUGGGGCAAGGAUGACCUGCUGAAGUUGCUGGAUGGCAUGAAGGGCAACCUUCCACAGAAUGAUCUCAGCAAGUACAAGACAGCAGAGUCACACCUGGACUGGGAGAAGGUGGCCUUCAACCACUACUCUGCGGAGAUGUGCAAGCAGAAGUGGCUAGAAGUGUCACGAGAGGUACGCAAAUUUCGCACAUUAUCAGAGCUGAUCGUUGACGCACAGGACUACAUCAAGAACCCCUACAAGGGCAAAAAUUUGAAGAAACACCCUGACUUUCCAAAGAAGCCUCUAACUCCAUACUUCCGCUUCUUCAUGGAAAAGAGGGCCAAGUAUGCCAAACUCCACCCUGAAAUGAGCAAUCUUGAUCUCACAAAGAUCCUGUCCAAGAAGUACAGAGAGCUCCCAGACCGCAAGAAGGCAAAGUACAUGCAAGAAUUUCAGAGGGAAAAGGAAGUCUUUGAACAAAACAUGGGGAAAUUCAGGGAGGAUCACCCAGACCUAAUUGAAAACAUGAAGAACAUGAAGCGCUCUGAUGUGCCAGAGAAGCCGAAGACACCGCAGCAGUUAUGGUACAACCACGAGAAGAAAGCCUACCUCAAGGGGCACCCAGAUGCAACCACAAAAGAUAUCAAAGACAGCCUGGGGAAGCAGUGGACACAGUUGUCUGACAAAAAGCGACUGAAGUGGAUCAAUAAGUCAUUGGAACAGCAGAAACAAUACGAGGAGGCGAUGCGAGAGUUCAUCCAGCAGCACCCAGAGCUCAACAUGUCCCAGGGGGACAUCAACAAGUCCACCCUGACCAAGGCUGAGAGACAGCUGAAGGACAAAUUUGACGGCAGGCCUACCAAACCUCCACCGAACGGCUACUCCAUGUUUUGUGCGGAGCUUAUGUCCAACAUGAAGGAUGUGCCCAGCACCGAGCGCAUGGUCAUGUGCAGCCAGCAAUGGAAGCUUCUGAAACAGAGCGACAAGGACGGUUACCAGAAACGCUGUGAGCAGAAAAAGAAAGAGUACGAAAUUGAGAUGAACCGGUUUCUGUGUAGUAUCCCUGAAGAAGAGCAGCAGCGCGUAUUGGGAGAGGACAAAAUGCUCGGAUUUAAUAAAAAGGGCAUCGGCAGCAACACCACCUCCAAGAAAAACUCCAAAACCAAGAGUGUCUCGGAGAAGCCGAAGCGACCCAUCUCGGCCAUGUUCAUCUUCGCUGAGGAGAAGCGGCACAAGCUGCACCAGGAGCGGCCAGACCUGUCUGAGAGCGAGCUGACACGCACUUUAGCGCGCAUGUGGAAUGAGCUCUCUAGCAAGAAGAAGGAGAAGUACAAGCGCCUGGAGGCCUCCCUGAAAGCUGAGUCCGAGAAGAAGGUUCAGGAGGAGCGCACUCGGCUACCUGAGUCGCCCAAGACCGCGCAGGACAUCUGGCAGCUCAGUGUCAUCGGGGACUACCUGGCCAGGUUUAGGAAUGACCGGGCCAAGGCCCAGAAGGCCAUGGAGGCAGCCUGGAACACCAUGGAGAAGAAGGAGAAGAUCAUGUGGAUUAAAAAGGCUGCUGAAGACCAAAAGAGAUAUGAGAGGGAGCUGAGUGAGAUGCGCUCCCCAGCUGCUGUUGUCACCUCAGGGAAGAAGAUGAAGUUCGAGGGCGAGCCAAAGAAACCUCCGUCGAAUGGGUACCAGAAGUUCUCCCAGGAGCUGCUCUCAGGCGGGGAGCUCAACCACCUGCCCAUGAAGGAGCGCAUGGGUGAGAUUGGUGGGCGUUGGCAGAGGCUGCCCCAGAGAGAAAAGGACCGCUACAAGAAGUUGGCCGAGGAGAAGCAGAAACAGUACAAGGUGCAGCUGGAGCACUGGCUCAAGAGCUUGUCGUCACAGGAGAGAGCCACAUACACAGAGUACAACUCGAAUAAGCGUAAAAGUACGGCUAAACCUGGUGGAACGAAUGCCAAAGUAAAGGCUUCAUCUGCCAAAAAAUCGGACUCUGAGGAAGAUGAUGAUGAGGAGGAGGAGGAAGAGAAGGCUUCAUCUGAGGAAGACACAUCCAGUGAGGAAGACAGUGAGGAUGAAGAGGAGGAUGACGAUGACGAAGAGAAUGAGGAGGAGGAGGAUGAAGAUGAGGAUGACGAAGAGGCGGAGGACAAGGAGAACAAGUCAGGCAGCAGCAGCAGCGGCUCCAGCUCCGAAGAAUCCUCCGACUCUGACUCGGACUGAGUCGCACCACUCCAAACUGACUGUGAGCAGCACCAGGCUGAGCCAACAUACUGGGGAGCGCUGUGCCGCCCUGCACUCACCUCCGCGGCCAGCAGGGGGUGCCCAUCUGCCUGCAUCUCUUUUACUCGUCAUCCAUUUCCUUCUGUAGUGCCCUCUCUUCAUCUCAUUGUCUCUCUGCUUCUCAAUCUGACUGUGAGCUGGGGGGAAAAAGAGACAGCUAACAGACAAUGUAAACAUGAAGGCCCCCCCGCCCCCAGCCCCCUGUCCCACAGACCUGGGCUCAACCUUCCCAGUGGUGACGCUACAGUGCUGCAGCCAACCACUGGAGCCUCCUCAGCACACGGACUUGCUGGAUCAUUUUUUUGUUUGUUUUUUUUUUUUUUGACGCUUUGGAGAAUUUGGUUUUCCUUUCAUUCCUGGUUAUUUUACCUUCGUUAAAGCAACUGAGGGGAAAAAUGAAACUGGAACCCACUUUCUUCAUUGCAUAUGUAUAUGUAUAUAUAUAUUUUUUGAAAGUUUGUGCUGUUCUAAACAGGCCCCAUGUUGUAGGGGUUAAGAAUGUACCUCCCAGCUCCUGUUGGGUUUCAGUCUUGAAUCAUUUCCCAGCUCGCCUGUUUCAGUGGGCUCCCCCCCACCCCCAAGACUUGAAGCCACAGAAUGCUUAUUGGAGAACCAUUCGGGAGGGUAUCAGGGACCAAGUAACUGCACUCUGAGAAUAGUUGCUUAUGAACUUUGUUUUCACUCGUUUGUUCUAACUUUUUCCUUGUUUAGUUUUGGUCAUUUUUAAUGAUGUGGUAUUUUCAGGAAGAAUGAAGCCAUUUUGAGUGCACUGUGCUGGUAGGUGGAAUGCCAGACAAAUGGUGCCUUUUGUCUCACUCCCGAGCAACCGUUUGGAGGAAUUAUUUCUGUUUACAUCUCCAUCACGUCCACUUUUACAUAGUUAGCUGUUGGGAAUUAAGAUGCCAGGUAAUGAAUCUUAGAAUGUUUGAUGUAGCAAGAGUUGAUUUUGUUAAUGAUGCAAGAUUGUUUCAAUUCAGUAUUCAUGUUUACCAUAUUGCUUUGUGAUUUAGAUCAUUGUCAGUUUCAGCUGCAACGGUUAAAAACAAGAAUGUUGUUGAUGGUGUGCACAGACUUUGGUGUUUAAUGGUGCUACAUCCAAUUCCUCAGUUUAGAAAAGAAUACAUUCUACAUGGAAUGAAGACAGUAACGGAAAAAUGGAUUUUUGGUUCUUCCAGUACCACAGUCUGAAUGUCUGAGUAAAUUUGGCCUAUUUUCGUUUUUAGUAAAAGCCAUCUAUGUAGGGAACUGGCCUUAUAUACAAUUGGAUGGUGUCCAUUUCCUCAGUUAACCACUAUUUUAGAUUACUUUUACUAAACUGUACACCACAGGUAUUUAUUUACGUCUAUUUUAUCUGACUUUUUAAUUCCCAAAGUUUAUCCCAAAAAAAGAGUUGUGCACUUAAAAAACAUUUCCCUCCCAUUCCAAUUUCUUCUUUUACAAAUCUGGUUCCUGAGCCAUUGUUGGUAAGCUGUUCAUACACCUGUGUAAAGUGCUUUCCUGUCAAACCCAGUACUGCAAAGGUCAAUGCAGGGAUGUGCUUCUAAAGUUUAAGCGAAGAAAUUCAGGCAUUCAGAAUUCUCCAAAGCUUGACCUAGCAUAAACACUGAAAAGAGGAAUGAUGCUGAGCAGUCAACCUUUUCUUGAACCUUGAAUCUCCCUCUACCUGCUGCCAUACUGUUGAAGGGUCACCACGCAUGAACAGUGUAGUUUAGACACAGGGUGGAAGUGAUCGGUGUUAAUAUGGGCAAAUACAUGUACUGAAGCUUACUUUGGGAGGCAGUAGGUGUGGCAGCAUCUCUUGGCUGGGAUUGUAUACACAAGGCCCUGAAUCACCAUUCAUAGCUGUGGUUUCUUACAGGGGCCUUCAGUUCAUUGAAAUUUCUCAAAAGGCUAUUGACAUAGAUGUGGCUGUACAGUCUUGAAGGUCUGAGGAAACAAUCUGGACAAAACAGGCUUUUUUAGCAGCUGCAGAUUGGGGUAUUUAAAAUUUGGUAAGGGGAUCCUGAGCUGGGAAGAGGGGCGGAGAUGGGGGGUAGGGUGGGGGGCUGUGAGCUGCUUUGUUUUGCAUUUGGUUCUGUAUUGUUGUAAGGUAUUUGUAUAUAAUGCUCUUUGUAACAGGUGGACGUUGUUUUAUUUGUAUCUUAUUUAGUCAUGGCUUCUCACUGGCACUAGCAGUGGCCAUUGGGACAGGGGAAGGGGACGUGAUCUGUACAGUUUGGCACGUCAGCUGCCCUUUGAGGGGAUGGACAUGUUUUAUUUUCAUGUUUUCUUUGUUUAGUUUCUAUUCCCCUUCCUAUUUUUUGUAGAAAUGAUAAAAUGUGGAAAAAAAAAGCUUUGCAGAUUUGUACGGCUUAUAAAUAUGAAACAUUUCUGAUGUUUUCUAUAGCUGAAGGUGUUCUGUAUUCCCUGCCAUUUACU